UGUGUGAACUAGAGACUGAACAGCCGGUUGGGUACUAAAUACCUCACAUUGCUACAACAAAGUGCCAAACUAUGAAGAUCUUAAAGAGACACAGAAGAUCAUCAAGUCUCAGUAAAGGGAAGCCAAGAGGAGGAACAAGGCACUGAAAUCAAAACUGGGCUGACUUUUUUUGUGAAGAAAAUCAACUAUGGAAGAACUAUUCAUCAAGGUGUAAAGAUUGAAGUCUUAUUAGCAUCACAAAUCUUGCGAGCACCUUGGAAUUUCAGAUAUAAAGAGCAAACAACUACAAAACAACUUCCAGUGAAGAUAAGGAGGCAGCUAUUCAUUGAAGCACGCACAAACGAAUCUUAAUCUUCCACCAUACCUUGAGAAGAGAAAAAAGGUAAUCUAACACAGCCUGUUUAUGCAAAUGUUUACGCGUGAACUUCCGUUGCACAUUGACCGUAGGACAUCGCAACAUCUGAACGGUAAGAAGCUUCUUAAGGCAACCCCGUGAAAUGUUUACAGACUGGAUUUGUAUACUUUUACAUGGAUCUCCAUCAAAUUUGAUGUGGUUCUCUGACCUUUGAAAGCAACACAGGACAGUGACUCCUUUUAAGCCAAACAACAUAAAUGAUGACCGAUAACGAGAGUUGCCCCAUCAAGGAUGCUUUUAAAUAUGUGUUAUACAGCUCUGUUUUCAGUAUUGUCUUUAUUCUCGGGCUUCUCUUCAACAUGAUGGCCAUGUACAUUUUUCUAUGUAGACUGAAAAUGCGCAACGAGACCACAACGUACAUGAUGAACCUCGUGGCCUCGGAUACUCUCUUUGUCUUCAGCUUGCCUUUCAGGACGUUCUACUUCAUCAAUCGUGAGUGGCCUUUCGGUAAACCUCUCUGCCAAAUCUCAGUGGCCUUGUUCUACACCAAUAUGUAUGGCAGCAUCCUCUUCCUCACGUGCAUCAGCGUGGAUCGCUUCCUGGCAAUUGUUCAUCCCUUCGCAUCUAAAACAUUGAGGACAAAGCGUAAUGCUAGAAUAGCCUGCUGUGUGAUAUGGGUGAUUCUGCUGUCGGGGGGCCUAACGGCAGGGUUUGUGAUGGACACCACAUCAUACACGGACAACAAAACCUCAACAUACACGAACACCACAUCAUACACGGACAACAAAACCACAACAUACACCUACUGUUUUGAGAACUACUCAAAUUCGCAGUGGAAGUCCAUGGUUUCAAAAGUUGUGGUGUGUAUGGAGACAGUGGGCUUCUUGAUUCCGUUGAUGAUCAACUUUACCUGCUCUAUAAGGGUCCUGCAGACUUUACGACACCCAGAGUGCAUUAACCGUGGAGGGCAGCUGAACAAGGCCAAGAUCUUGCGUAUGAUUGCAGUGCACUUGUUAAUUUUCUGUUUUUGCUUUAUCCCGUACAAUGUCAAUCUGGUCUUCUACACCCUGGUCAGGAGUCAGGUUAUUACGAACUGCACUGUGGAGACAGUGGUCCGGACCCUUUAUCCAAUCACGUUCUGCUUAACUGUGACCAACUGUUGUUUUGACCCAGUGAUCUAUUACUUCACCUCUGAGACGAUUCAGAACUCUAUUAAACGGAAGUCUUAUGCUGUCCACCAAAACACAUUAAACAACAAAGUUGACACCAGUGAUAACAGAAGCAAUUCGAUGAAUAAAAGCAUAACUCUAAAAGCUAAAUUCCUCAUUGAAGAGUCUACAAUUUAACCAAAGUUCAGACAGCCAAAUUUUUUAUACCAAUUUUAUACCAAAUUUUCAUCUGACAGAUCCAGCCAAUGUUAGUAAUUGUUUGGCACAGGAUAUAUUUGACUGAAGACUAACUGAAGACUGCAGAAAUAUAAAGCAUA